GCCACCAUCGGCGUCGAGUUCCAGACCCAGCUCGUCGACAUCGACGGCAAGGAAAUCAAAGCCCAGAUCUGGGACACCGCCGGCCAGGAGCACUUCGGGGCCGUCACCUCCGCCUACUACCGCGGCGCCGUCGUGCCCUCGUCGUCUACGACAUCACCCGCCGUCGGCUUCGAUUUCCAGCAGCAGCUGAAAUCUCCCUGCCGAAUUCCACUUCCACAGCGGCCUAGUCUAUGA